AACCGCGGAGCCGAGCAGGGCUACGGCACGCUCGCCGUCUCCACCCUUCUUCCUCUGCCCGGUGGCCGCGCCCCCGCCGCUCUCUCGCCGCCCCCGAGACAAAGAGCCCUGAAAGUUCGCGCGGCGAGUGGGUCAGGUGAGGAGGGCGCGCCGCGGAGGCCCGCCGAGCCCCCGGCCCGGCGCCCGGGGCCGAGCGCACAGCCCGCCCCGCAACCCGUCCGCAGCCCGCGCAGAGGAGCGCCCGGCCCCAGGCGCCGCCCGCCCCGCCGACUCCCCAGCCCACCAUGGGCGCCGCGGCCCGCAGCCUGCGGCUGGCGCUCGGCCUCCUGCUACUGGGGACGCUGCUUCGCCCGACCGACGCCUGCAGCUGCUCCCCAGUGCACCCGCAACAGGCGUUUUGCAAUGCAGAUGUAGUGAUCAGGGCCAAAGCGGUCAGCGUGAAGGAGGUGGACUCUGGGAAUGAUAUUUACGGCAACCCCAUCAAAAGGAUUCAGUACGAGAUCAAACAGAUAAAGAUGUUCAAAGGCCCUGACAAGGACAUAGAGUUCAUCUACACAGCCCCCUCCUCGGCGGUGUGCGGGGUCUCGCUGGAUGUCGGAGGGAAGAAGGAGUAUCUCAUUGCAGGAAAAGCCGAGGGUGAUGGCAAAGUACACAUCACCCUGUGUGACUUCAUCGUGCCCUGGGACACCCUGAGCACCACCCAGAAGAAGAGUCUGAAUCACAGGUACCAGAUGGGCUGCGAGUGCAAGAUCACACGCUGCCCCAUGAUCCCCUGCUACAUCUCCUCCCCGGACGAGUGCCUCUGGAUGGACUGGGUCACCGAGAAGAACAUCAACGGGCACCAGGCCAAGUUCUUCGCCUGCAUCAAGAGAAGUGAUGGCUCCUGCGCGUGGUACCGCGGGGCGGCACCCCCCAAGCAGGAGUUUCUCGACAUCGAGGACCCAUAAGCAGGCUGCCAGCACCCCUGUGGCCAACUGAAAAGCCUUCAAGGGUUUAGACUGGUCCAGCUCUGACAUCUCUUCCUGGAAACAGCAUGAAUAAAACAGUCAUCCACAUGGGUCCAAAUUAAUGUGAUUCUCCCCCCUCUCCAUUUUCCCUUUAGACAUGGCUGUAGGGCUGGUGGGAGAGGUGGCCUGGGGUCUCUGCCCCACACACCCUCUGUGGCCUGGGCAUUGUGUGUCUUGGUCUCUGAUCCUUGGGUGCAGGCAGGGCUGAGCAGCACCAGGGUCUCCCAGGCCUGGUCAGGGCAGAGCCAGGAAAUGUGCGUUUUGCAGAAACUUUUGAGGGGUUGUUGUGAGACUGUGUAGCAGGCCUACCAGGUCCCUCGUUUCUGCAGCUGCCACACCUCUGGCCACAGAGUGACAUCCCUUGCCUCCUUGUAAGUGCCCCCAUCGCCCCUGGGCCCACCAGGGAAUCCCCUGAACCAGGAGCAGCCCUGGAGCCAGUGGCCUGUUCUCAAAGGAGCCCAGUUAAUCCUGUUAAUCCACAGAAUUCCAGUGGGUGCUUCCCUCUGGGCCCAGUAGAGAAGUGGCAGAGAGAAGCCCUCACUGAGCCAUGUUUCAGCUUCAGCCAAGUCCUUUUGGUCUCCCCCAUUCCCCCCCCCAGCCCUGAACCCCUAGGGGGACCUCUGAGAUCCUGUCCUCAGGGCAGGUAUGGGGGGGUCAGUUCACUCCUGAGGUCAGCGCGCUCCUGCCAUCCCUGCCAGCAGGCAUGGAUUGAGGUGCACAGCUUUGCUUUACUUACCCGGGUUGUGCAGGGCCAGUGGUGAGGCUGGCUGUGCUCCUGGCCGCACAUCCUAAGAACAGAAAAGGCUGGGUCUUGCUGUGCCCUGACAGAUUUAGUCUAAUCUCCCUCAAAGACUGACAGUCAUCAUUCCACGUGUGGAUUUCUGCAGGUGACGCUAACCAAGCAUAUUAAGAAGUCUGACCUAGGAAGGGAAGGAUUUUAGAGGUAGGCAGCUUUGGUGACACUCUUCUUUCUGAGCCUCCAAGGCACUGUGGCCUGUUUUCAGAGACAUCUUAUUUUUCUAAAGAUGAAUUCUCAGAUAGCACAUGAACCAGAGCUGCAGGUGAACUCUGCUCAUAGUUCUUACGUUGCAAAGGUUACCCAGUUAAGAAACUUAGGGAACCUGUGUAUUCCCCAAGGAUGGUUUGUUUUCAGUAAAGUGGGGGUUAAGACAGAACUUUCCCAAUAAUGUUAAAGAUGAUCUCUUUUAUCCUCCUGCCUGUGUUGUAAAGAUAAACUUUCUGAGGAUAUACGCACACAUUACGAAAACAAGCCAUGUACAGGCACGCACACACGGGAACACGCACGCACACACAUGAACACGCACGCACAAUCCAACUGAAGUCUGGCAGCCUGUGAGCGGUCCUUCUGCAAAAUGCUUCCGAAUCUUCUAAGCCUGCAGCGACCACAAAGCAACUGCAAGACUCCUGACCCCCAAGUGGCAUAUGACCCCCAUGCUCAUGUGGGACCUGGUCAGCACAGAUCUCGAUGACUUCCCUUUCUAGGGCAGACUGGGAGAGUAUCCAGGAAUCAGCCCCUGCCCCCAGGGCAUUUUCAUGCUGUAUAGGGACAUGAAGUUGGUAAGAUGUCAUAAUGGACCAGUCUGUGGUUUUGAUGUACACACCAAGCCCUCCAACCAAUAUGACACCCUCCCCCGUUGGCUUCCUGUAUGGUGAUAGCAUAUAUAACAUUUACUCCUGUUUCUGCUGAUUUUUGUUUUUUGGUUUUUUUUUUUUUUUUUCCUGUUUUGGUUUGUUUUUGACAUCAGCUGUAAUCAUUCCUGUGCUGUGUUUUUUAUUACCCAAGGUAGGCAUUAGACUUGCACUUUUUAAAAAAGGUCUCGGUAUCAUGGAAACCUCUGACCCAGAGUGGAAAGCGUGGUAGCUCGCCUAUGAUGGUGGAUUCCUUCAGAUCUCGUCUUUAGUUCUCUUUAGUUCUUUGAGUAUCUGCUUUUUUUUUUUUUCCUAUCUCCCACCGUUGGUUUUCUGGUUCAAAUUAUUACAAAGUAAAGGACUGUUGAGUAGGUUUGUUCCAAAAGUUGGCCUUUAUAUUUGAUCCAUGCACAUUGGUCUUCUAACCAUGCUGGGGUGGGGGGGAUAGAUGAAGAUGAAGUGCCCUGUGGCAGCCGCGUGAUAAGGCACUCAGAUACCUUCACAGUGAAUUAACUGCAAUAUCCCUACAGUUUAAGAAGGAUCUCCAUUUGGCACUGUUUAAUUUAUGUGUUAUAUUCUAAGCUCUGCUCCUCUCUCCCUCUGUUCUUUCCAUCAUGCAAGCAACUCAAAUAUUUAAAAUAAAGUUUACAUUGUAGCUAUUUUCAGAUCUUUGCUUGAUAAGUAUUAAGAAAUAUCGGACUUGCUGCCAUAAUUUAAAGCUUUGUUGAUUUUGUUUGUUUUCGUUUGGAUUUUUCUUUUCGGGGGGAGCAGUGUGUUUAUGCUGGAUAUGAAGUGUGAGACCUUCCUGUGCUGGGAACGCAUGAGAGUCGGUGGACGUGGACAAGCAGACUGCGCAUGUCUCUUGAUGCUUUGUAUCAUUCCUGAGCGAUCACUCGGUCCAUGGACAAUAAACUAUAUUAUCAAAGAGAA